AUGGCUCCUGACCCUCUCGUCUUCAACGAUGACUACCUUCGAGUGCGUGCUGUCCCGACUUGUCACACAUCUACGUUUGUCUGGUGCCACAGCAAAGGUCAGCGUGGAGGCGACUGGAAAUUCAUGGUCGAGCCACUACGAAAGCUAGGCCACUGCAACCACAUCGCCUUUAUCUUCCCUUAUCUUGAUUACAACGAGACGAAUUGCGGGAACGACAUCUCCAGCAACGAGGCUUUGAUCCAGAAAAUUGUACACCAGGAGAUUGCCAAUGGCUGCGAUCCAGGCCGCAUUGCGGUUGGCGGAUACAAUGAGGGUCUGGAAGUUGCUCUGAGGGCUACUCUGGCUGACAGCUACAAAAUUGGAAGUAUCUUGGGCAUUACAGACUGUCUAAACAUGACGGAUGAGGUCAACGUGCUCAGGAAAACUGCGAAUGCAAAGACUCCUGUGCUGUUUGUUGACCGAAUGGGGGCAAAGAACAAUGGUCCUGAGAAGCUUCUCAAAGCUAUCGAACAGCCAGUGAGGGUUGUUAAUGGAACCAAGCUUGCUUCAUCUGACACUCAGCCUGUUACUCAAGUGGUACGAUGA